AUGUUCAGUCUUUUCAACUCUGCCGCAGCUUUGACUGCAGCGGCUGCUGCUCCAGCUAUGCCUUCUCUUUUCCCUUUUUCGCCAACUUCGGUAGCUCAGCUUUGCACCGUCCUCGAAGAAACUGGCGACUACGACAGAUUGGCUCGAUUUCUCUGGAGUCUUCCCGCUCUUCCACCAAUUUUAGACGCCCUUGCUAACGAUGAAAUUCUCCUCAGAGCUCGAGCAGUUGUUGCUUAUCAUCAGGGAAACUUUCGCGAACUCUACCGCAUCGUCGAGUCCAAACGAUUCUCAAAAGCUCACCACAGUAAACUCCAAGAACUCUGGCUCGAAGCCCACUAUGGCGAAGCAGAAGCAACUCGAGGUCGAUCUUUGGGCCCAGUCGACAAAUACCGAAUCCGCAAAAAGUACCCACUUCCUCGAACGAUCUGGGAUGGCGAGCAGAAAUCGCACUGCUUCAAGGAGCGCACAAGAACUCUUCUCCGCGAAAGUUACAUCAAGGAUCCCUACCCAAAUCCAACCAAAAAGAGAGAACUUGCCGAACAGACAAAUCUGACUCCGACUCAAGUUGGCAACUGGUUCAAGAAUCGACGACAGCGGGAUCGAGCAGCCGCAGCUAAAUCUCGACUUCCUCUUGACGCCUCUCCAGACUCCGGCACCGCUGGUUCCGUGAUCGAAAUCCCCUCCUUCCCACCAUCUUCACCCGUUUCUUCGACGCUUUCUAUCACUCCCGAGAAGAAAUUCAAGCUCUUCACUCCCUACGAUCUCACUCCAAACGACUCCUGCGGCACUGCUGCUUCCAACCCUUCAGUGACAAGUGAGGAGGAAAUUGACUUCGAGGAAGACGAAGAUGACGAGCUCGACAUCAUUGUCGACGAAAAAGACGACGAGAACUUGCAGAUCUAA